AUGAGCAUUGCUUUAAUCUCUUCUGCAAUUAGACACAACUUAAUAGCAUCCACUACAAGAGUCAUUCUACCCGCAACCUUAUCAAUCUUAGUCAGAAGAAUUCCACACAAAUUAUAUUCUACAAAUAUGCAUCAUUCAUACAAAGAUUUCAAACUGAAUUUCAUUAAACCUGAUUUAGAUGAUAGAUCCUACCGUUUCAUUAAAUUACCAAAUAACUUAAAAGCGUUAGUAAUCCAAGAUCCCACUGCUGAUAAGGCAGCAGCUGCAUUAGAUGUUAAUAUAGGUGCUUUUGAAGAUCCAGAACAUUUACCGGGUUUGGCCCACUUUUGUGAACAUUUAUUAUUCAUGGGUUCAGAGAAAUUUCCUGAUGAAAAUGAGUAUUCAAGUUUCUUAAGUAAGCAUGGUGGUUCUUCUAACGCUUACACAAGUUCCUUAAACACAAAUUACUAUUUCGAAGUUAAUCAUGAACAUCUUUAUAACGCCUUAGACAGAUUUUCAGGUUUUUUCACUUGUCCAUUAUUUAAUAAAGGCUCAACUGACAAAGAAAUUAGCGCUGUAGAUAGUGAAAAUAAAAAAAAUUUACAAAAUGAUGUUUGGAGAAUCUAUCAAUUGGAUAAAUCAUUAUCUAAUUUACAACAUCCUUAUCAUAAAUUUUCCACUGGUAAUCUGAUAACUUUAGGUGAAAAUCCCAAGUCAUUGAAUCUAAAUAUAAGAGAUGAAUUAUUAAAAUUUUACUAUCAUUCUUAUUCAGCAAAUUUAAUGAAGCUUUGUAUAAUCGGUAGAGAGGAUUUGGAUACCCUAUCGAACUGGGCGUACAAACUUUUCAAAGAUGUAAGGAAUACAAAUCGUGCAUUACCUGAAUACAGUUCCAAAAUUUUGAAUGAAACCCAUUUACAGAAAAUUAUCCAAGUUAAACCUGUCAAAGAAUUAAGAAAACUUGAAAUUUCCUUUAUGGUUCCCGACAUGGAUAGACAUUGGCAAUCAAAACCACCACACCUAUUAAGCCAUCUUAUUGGUCAUGAAGGCUCAGGCUCUCUGUUGGCUUACCUUAAGGCAAAAGGAUGGGCUAAUGAACUAUCAGCAGGAGGUCAUACAGUUUCUAAGGAUAACGCAUUUUUCUCAAUUGACGUCGAGCUAACUAAAGAUGGGUUAGAAAGCUAUAAAGAAGUCGUCCAUUCAAUCUUCCAAUACAUCGAAAUGUUGAGAAAUUCGUUACCACAAGAUUGGAUCUUUGUUGAACUUCAAAAUAUUUCCAGGGCAAAUUUCAAAUUCAAACAAAAGGGUAACCCAGCAAGUACCGUUUCAGCUUUAGCAAGAUUGUUAGAAAAGGAAUACAUUCCUGUAGAAAAUAUUUUAAGCACAAAUGUUUUCACGAAAGAUGAACCUCAAACUUUAAUGAACUACGUUCAAUCUUUAACUCUAGAAAAUUCCCGUAUAACGUUAAUCUCUCAAGAUUUAGAGACUGAUUCAAAUGAAAAAUGGUAUAAAACAGACUAUAAAGUCAUCAAUUACCCAGAAGAUAUGAGAAAGAAAUGCAAGAGCCCUGGUUUAAAUACUCAAUUGCGUUUACCAAGACCAAACGAAUUUGUUGCCAAUAACUUCUUAGUUGAUAAAUUAGAAAGUGUUACUCCAUCAGAAGAACCGCUUUUACUCAAAGAUACUAAGCUGAGUAAGCUAUGGUUUAAAAAAGAUGACAGAUUUUGGCAACCAAGAGGCUACAUAUAUGUCUCUCUAAAAUUACCCCAUACUCACGCAAGUGUACUAAACAGUAUGUUAUCUACUAUUUAUGUUCAGUUGGCUAAUGAUUUCUUAAAGGACCUACAAUACGAUGCUUCCUGUGCUAAUCUGAACCUGUCAUUUGUCAAGACUAAUCAAGGCCUAGACAUCACAUUAUCUGGUUUUAAUGAUAAAUUAGUCACUCUUAUGACUAGAUUUUUACAAGGUGUCAAAGAUUUCAAACCUACAGAAGAAAGAUUCAAAAUUUUCAAGGACAAGACUACUCAACAUCUAAAGAAUCUUCUCUACGAAGUGCCGUAUUCCCAAAUAUCUGGUGUUUAUAACUCUUUAAUCAACGAAAGAUCAUGGUCAGUAGAAGAGAAAUUGAAUGUAGUUGAACACAUUACAUUUGAGCAAUUACUUGCUUUUAUCCCUACUGUCUUUGAGGAGCUUUACUAUGAAACAUUAGUACACGGAAAUUUAAAAUUCGAAGAGGCCAUUGAGAUUGAAUCUCUGAUCAAUGACAUUCUCAUCACAAAUGAGAAUCACAAUAACUUACAAGUUAAGAAUAAUAGGUUAAGGUCAUAUUUCAUUCCAAAAGGUAAAACUUACAGGUUUGAGAAGGAAUUAAAAGAUAGCAAGAACGUGAAUUCAUGUAUCCAGCAUGUUACCCAAUUAGAUGUUUAUAACGAAGAAUUAUCUGCUUUGAGUGGAUUAUUUGCCCAAAUGAUUCAUGAACCAUGCUUCGAUACACUAAGAACAAAAGAGCAACUAGGUUAUGUAGUCUUUAGUUCAAGUUUGAAUAAUCAUGGUACUGCAAAUAUUAGAAUUUUGGUACAAUCUGAACAUACAACACCAUAUCUGGAAUGGAGAAUCGAGGAAUUCUACUCUAAAUUUGGCGCAAUUCUAAAAGACAUGUCAGAAGAAGAUUUUGAUAAACAUAAGGAUGCCCUAUGCAAGAGCUUGCUACAGAAGUAUAAGAAUAUGGGUGAAGAAAGCUCAAGAUACACUGCUGCCAUCUAUUUGGGUGAUUACAAUUUCACGCAUCGUCAAAAGAAGGCAAGACUAGUUAAAGCUUUGUCAAAAGAACAAUUAAUCGAAUUUUACGACAACUAUAUUGUAGGUGAAAAUGCUGCAAGAUUGGUUAUUCAUUUGAAAUCUGCGGUUGUCAGUAGUGAUUUAAGGGAAGAGGAGCUAGACUCUACCAAAUAUCCAAAGGGUAAACUGAUUGAAGAUGUAGGGAAAUUUAAAUCCGAAUUGUUUGUUGCUCCUGUACGUCAGCCGUUAAAGGAUUUUGAAGUAUAUAAACAAGAAAAUUAG